AAUCAGUGAAGGGAUAUUAAUGAGAGAGGGAGUGUGUGAGAGGGAGCGAGGGAGAUGGCUCUGUGAUGCAGAAAUCAGUGAAGGGAUAUUAAUGAGAGGGGACUUGGCCACGUGACCUGUGUGUGUGAGCUCUUUGUUAUGAGGAGGUGUGUGUGUGUGUGUGAGAGAGAGACAUUUACACACCCUGCAAUAUCCCCCCUGCUACGCUUGGCUGGGCUGGGUGUUCAGAUUUGUCUGCAGUUUUGCAGGGUACUGGUUUUCACUGCUCCUCUCCACCCUGCUGUCUGCUCGUUGUGAGAAUAUGAAUUAUUGACUGACGGAUCUUGCCAAAUCUGCUAUUCCUUCCAGCCCUUUUCCGACGAGAGAUAACGGUAUUGAUUUCCUCUCAGUUGGUCAGCUGUGAUCUGUGAUGGCUGUAAACUCGGACAGCCAGGUGACUGAGGUUGGGAGCCCAGCAACAGCAGCAGCCAACGCUGCCCCAGAGCCAGCAGCAGUAGUGAGGGAGAAACAGCAGCUGAAUGGGAAUGGUCUGAUGGAUGGAUCGAAAACCACAUCCCUGCAGGACCUGGCCCGUCCCCUCCACAAACCAAGUCCCCGGAAGGCUGUCCGCGCCAGCUCAGUUACCCAGCUCCCUCAGAGUGCCCUGAACUCCCCUCGUACUAGCAUCCACCGACAUCCCUCCGUCCAAACUGUUGAGGGAGGGGAGCAUGAGAAGCCUCGUGACUACAUCAUCCUGGCUGUUAUCUCCUGUUUCUGCCCAAUCUGGCCCCUCAAUAUUGUGGCGUUUGUCUAUGCUGUGAUGAUCCCACAUUCUCCAUUUUCCUGAUCAUCAUUCAUUCAAAAUGGACGUUAUUAACACAACACUUUGAAAUUUUCAGAUUCUGUUCCAGGGAGCCCUUCAAACAUUCUCAGGGACAGGGACAGCACGGGGUUAAAUAC